AUGUUCGGUCGAGUUCGAGCUCCCCACAUCCGGCUGAGGGAAUUGGCCCAGAGAUACGGGCCCGUGAUGAGCCUGCAGCUCGGGGAGGUGGUCAACGUGGUCAUCUCCUCCCCAGAGGCUGCCAAAUUGGUGCUGAAAACCCACGACUUGGUCUUCGCUUCCAGGCCCAGUCUCCUGGUCGCCCGCAUCAUCUUCUAUGGCUGCAAGGACAUCGGCUUCGCGCCUUACGGGGAGUACUGGCGGCAGAUGCGGAAGAUCUGCAUCGUGGAGCUGCUCAGCGCAAGGCGCGUUGCUUCGUUCCGCUCUAUCAGGGAGGAGGAGGCCUCUACUCUCAUCUCUCGCAUUCGUCUCGCUGCAACUGCGAGGGAUGAGGAGGGCGUCGACCUCAGAGAGAUGCUAUUUUCCUUCUCCAGCAACGUCACUUACAGGUACGGACUGGGAUGCAUAGUUAUUAAAAAUCUAUUUAAUCUUCUAAAUCCUUUUAUAAAUUUCUGCUCUCGACUUUAG